AUGCCACCACUCCUUCACCCAAAAUCGCGAAUGACAUCGUCGCUCUUCGCAACGACAGUCGCCGCAUGCUUUCUGGUCGUCACGAUUCCCCAUUUGCUUCCUUGCCCCGUACCACGGGCCCGCUUCGCCGAUGGAGAUGUUAUGGUUGACGAGAAUGGCCGACGAAUGAGAUGGAAGAGGAAGGACACCAACCCCAAAGUCGAAGACGGGAUCGUUCAAUUUAACGAUGUGGCGGGCGACGAGGCAGAGAACGCACAAGAUAGAGCGAGGAGGGAAUGCCCACUGCCGAAGCCGGGUGGCAUGCUAGGCGAGUGGUUGGGCUUUCACAAGAGCGACAAGGAGACUGGACGAUGA